GUCAUUAUUCCCUUUGGGAUUUUGUGUUAGGAUCUUCCCUUCUCUAUCUUUCUUUCUUUCUUCCUUUUCCACGGUUCUGAAAGAAAAUUUAAUGCCGGUGCGAAAAUUUAAAUGAGCCUCGUCCUCUGGGCUUUAAGUACUCAUACAUUAUAAAGAUCACCUUUCACAUCGUUCAUCAGCAUCAUUAUGCCAUCCGAGAGAAAAAGCCUCAACUUCGUUGACAUGUCUCUGUUGCUCUUUGGUUGAGCUUGAAGCAAUACAUGUGAUUUCCUGUCGCACCCUCGUCCAAUUGCAGUUGCAGGUUCUUCAAAACUCCAACGGUCGAAGAAUGGGUGAUAUUAGUGGGAAUUGAGGUCACACAGGCAUGAAUCUUGAGCACCCGUCUCUUUUUUCAUCUCCUCUUUUUUUGGUUGCUGAGACUGAGAGUGAUUCAAAGAAACAGAGUGAUCGGAGGGAGAAGUUUUUUAAAGGAAAUAGUUGUAGAGAUGGUGCUUUGCGUCAGAAUCUGCUAAAUGGUGGGUGCGUGAGUGUGAGUGACUCUCUGGUUUGAGAAUUAUUUUAAGUGUUAGUGGGGGAGGUCAGGGUGAUGGCUAUGUCUCCUUGGCUCACAAGGUGCGCCCUUACUCUGUGGGCUUUGCCUUCAACCAAGGAAACACACUCUUUCCUCUGCUCUCGGUCUCUUCCCAUUCAAGAGAACCUUCUCUUUUAAAAUAUUGCCACUCUCUCUCUCUCUCUCUCUCUCUCUUCCUCACUCUUUCUCUUUCUUACUCAGACUCUGAGCUCUUGGUUGGUGUCAAGAUUCGGUCAUAGCAUUUGAGCAUAAUAUUAUCCCCCCCUUAGCUUCUGAGAUCUAUUCCUCUCUUGGAGCCCAGAAAUCGGCCACAUUCGAGAGCUUCUGGUCCCCCAUGCUUGGAGUAUCCGCCUUUCCGCUUCCGGCAAAAAAUUUCGCCUCGGGUUAGGAAUCAUGUGAGCUUGUUGGACAGUGUUUUCCUGGGUGGUGUUGUCCUUUGAGUUUAUUUGAUCUAUCAGCGAUCAGUCGAGUGGUGAGGGGGGUUCAUUUUUGGGGGUGAUCCUUGUUUCUCAAGAUGAAGUUUAUGAAACUUGGGUCGAAGCCCGAUUCGUUCCAGAACGAAGGAGACAAUGUCAGGUACGUUUCAAGUGAGUUGGCAACUGAUAUCACUGUCAGUGUUGGGAGUGUAAAGUUCUACUUGCAUAAGUUUCCUCUUCUGUCAAAGAGCGCACUUCUGCAGAAACUGGUCGCAGCUACCAAUAAUGAUGACGGCAAUGAAGUCAACAUCUCGGACAUUCCCGGUGGUCCUGCCUCAUUUGAGGUCUGCGCCAAGUUCUGUUAUGGCAUGACUGUCACCCUAAAUGCCUACAAUGUCGUCGCUGCGAGGUGUGCCGCCGAGUACUUAGAAAUGUACGAGACAGUUGAAAAGGGGAAUCUUAUUUACAAGAUUGAAGUCUUUCUUAGCUCUAGCAUUUUCCGUAGUUGGAAGGAUUCGAUCAUCAUUCUUCAGACCACAAAAUCCUUAUUACCACAUUCUGAGGAAUUGAAGUUGGUGAAUCAAAGUAUUGAGUCGAUUGCUGGGAAGGCCUGUGUUGACAUCUCCAAGGUUGAUUGGUCCUACUCCUACAACCGGAAGAAGCUGGGAGAGGAAAAUGGGAUGGACUCAAAUGGUGUCCGAACUCGUGUGGUUCCAAAGGACUGGUGGGUCGAGGAUCUUUGUGAGCUCGAGAUCGAGUUAUACAAGCGUGUUUUGAUGAAUAUCAAAAUGAAAGGGAUACUUCCUGGCGAAAUCAUCGGUGAAGCACUGAAAGCUUAUGCUUACAGAAGGUUGCCUGGGUUCAGCAAAGGUAUGAGCAAGUGCAUAGAUACACCGAAGUAUCGGCUGGUGGUUGACACAGUCGUGCGGUUGUUACCUGGAGAGAAAUGCAGCGUCUCCUGUAGUUUCUUGCUCAAGUUGAUAAAGGCGGCCAUUUGUGUCGAUUCAGGGGAGAUGGCGAAAAGGGACUUGAUUAGGAAGAUAGGACAGCAAUUAGAGGAGGCUAAUGUGAACGAUCUCCUGAUACGGGCACCAGAAGGAGAAAGUAUGAUGUACGAUGCUGGCACUGUAAUUGCUGUAGUUGAGGAAUUCUUGUCACGGGAGAGCCAGGAGAUCGAGUCCGUUGAAGAAGAACAUGAGCUGCGAGGCAUGAGGAGGCUGGGGAUCUUGUCCGAUGCUUCCAAGCUGAUGGUGGCAAAACUAAUUGAUGCAUACCUCGCUGAAAUAUCGAAAGAUCAUAACCUGCCUCUGUCCAAGUUUGUUGAACUCGCUGAGAUGAUGUCAAGUGUUCCUCGGCCUUCCCAUGACGGACUUUACCGAGCCAUCGACAUGUAUCUCAAGGAGCAUCCUGGGAUCACCAAGAGUGAGAGGAAGAGGAUUUGCAAACUGAUGGACUGCAAGAAGCUCUCAGUCGACGCGUGCAUGCACGCCGUGCAAAAUGAGAGGCUCCCUUUGCGAGUCGUCGUGCAAGUGCUCUUCUUCGAGCAGGUCAGGGUGGCUGCGUCAUCUGGGAGCAGCACCCCAGACCUCCCCAAAAGCCUUCGGGAGCUGAACAACGGGUCCCACGGAAGCUCGAGGUCUGCCACGACCAACACAGAGGAAGACUGGGACACCGUGGCCACGGCAGAAGAGCUCAAGGCCCUCAAAACCGAGCUGGCCUCGCUGCGGCUGAGCAUCGGGGCCCAAGGAGGGUCCGAGAGGAACGGGGACGGAAAGCCCAGCGUGGACAAGGCCACGAUAACCAAGAUGAAGGGGCUGCUCCGGUCGAAGAAAGUGUUCAUGAAGAUGUUCUCAAGCAAAAGCCAGAGCGAAAACAACAGCGGCUCGGAUUCCUCCGAGAGUCUCGGCUCUGGCAACGGUAAUGUGGACGAAGCGAAGUCGACGCCUUCCCGGAACAGGAGGUACUCGGUAUCAUAGUCGAAAUCGGCGAAUCGGAGGUAGUUUUUAAUGUCUUUUUUUGGCACCCAACUUAAUAGGUUUAGGGACAUUAGUGUUAGAUAAUGUCCCAUUGAAGUGAAAGUGAAAGUACAUAUGAUGGCUAAGUCAUACAGGUAAGUGGUGUUCUGCUGAAGAAUUUGUAUUUUGUUAGCAAGAGUUGUUCAAGUUGAUAGUGACUUCUACUUCAGGAAACAAAAACAAAAAAAAAUGUAAUUUGCCCUUUAUAGGAAGUGUCAAUUAUGUUGUCAUUAUUA